CCUUAAAAGGGGGCUCCUAGGAGCGCCGAGGUGUGAGUGGUAGCCUGUGGCUCGGGGUCGGGAGUGCAAGAGGCGAAAUCUGGCCUGAGUGCGGGAGUUCAGUCAUCGAACACUUCCUGAGAGCCAACUAUCUGCCAGGCACUGCCCUGGGGUCCUGGGACACAUCAGUGAACCAACAGAAGGACCCUGCUCUCAAGCAGCUGACGUUCUAGUGCGCAAAGCAGACUAUAAACAAGUCAACAAACAGGAUUAUCUAAGGUGGUUCUCCACUCACAUCGUUUAAUCUCGAAGACUAGAAAAUAUAACUGGAUCUACCACUUGUUUGAAAAAUUUCUCUACCAAGCAAUAAAUUACCCACUGUGCUCUUGUUGUAGUGUAAAAGUUUUUGAGUUCUCCAAAUCUAAACAAGAUUUUCUUCCAUUUUCCCAUGAAGCUACAUUUUUGCUUAUUCACUUUAGUGGCAAGUAUUAUUGUGCCAGCUGCUUUCGUUUUGGAAGAUGUGGACUUCAACCAAAUGGUUUCACUGGAAGCAAAUCAUAGUUCUUACAAUGCAUCCUUUCCCUCAAGCUUUGAACUCUCAGCAAGUUCGCACUCAGAUGAUGAUGUCAUCAUAGCCAAAGAGGGAACUAGUGUUUCAAUUGAGUGUCUUCUCACGGCCAGUCACCAUGAAGAUGUUCAUUGGCACAAUUCAAAAGGACAGCAACUGGAUGGCCGAGGCAGAGGUGGAAAGUGGUUGGUUUCUGAUAACUUCCUAAACAUCACCAAUGUAGCCUUUGAUGACCGUGGGCUCUAUACCUGUUUCGUCACCUCUCCAAUUCGUGCCUCCUACUCUGUCACCCUACGUGUUAUCUUCACCUCAGGAGACAUGAGUGUCUAUUACAUGAUUGUUUGCCUGAUUGCCUUUACAAUCACACUCAUCUUAAAUGUCACACGGCUGUGUAUGAUGAGCAGCCAUCUUCGCAAGACUGAGAAGGCCAUCAAUGAGUUCUUUAGAACUGAAGGGGCUGAGAAACUUCAGAAGGCUUUUGAGAUUGCAAAACGCAUCCCCAUCAUUACCUCAGCCAAAACUCUGGAGCUCGCCAAAGUCACACAAUUUAAGACCAUGGAGUUUGCUCGUUAUAUUGAAGAACUGGCAAGAAGUGUCCCUCUUCCACCUCUCAUUCUAAACUGUCGAGCCUUUGUUGAGGAGAUGUUUGAGGCUGUGCGAGUGGAUGACCCUGAUGACCUGGGUGAAAGAAUUAAAGAGAGACCUGCCUUGAAUGCUCAGGGUGGCAUCUAUGUUAUUAACCCAGAGAUGGGACGGAGUAAUUCACCAGGAGGAGAUUCAGAUGAUGGCUCUCUGAAUGAACAAGGCCAGGAGAUAGCAGUUCAGGUUUCUGUCCACCUUCAGUCAGAAACCAAAAGUAUUGAUACAGAGUCUCAAGGCAGUGGUCAUUUCAGUCCGCCUGAUGAUAUAGGAUCUGCAGAAUCUAACUCUUAACUACAAAGAUGGGGCAUAUGAAAACUGUCAGCUGUAAUCUACAGUCUGCUGUAACCCAGUACCUACAAAAUCAGCUCUCAGAAAAGGAACCUGUUUCUUAGAAGUAACAUUUUUGCCAAAAGAUGACUGGAGUUUUCCCUUUGUUAAUAUUAAGCACAUCAGAACAUGAAUUGCCAUAAUCUUCCUUAAAAGGCAGCAUUUUUCCUAUUUGAUACUUUUCAGUCAUUAUCCUUAGAGCUUGAUUAAAUUAUGCAUGCUAAGAUUUAAAGGAGCCCCAGAUAAACAUGAUGGGACAAGCACUGAACUAAGAGUGCACUGAACUAAGAGUCCCAUGGUUUCUCUUCUGGUCACAGUUCUUCCAUUAGUUAGAUCUGAUACUUAUUUUGGGACUUCAGUUUUUCCAUCAAUAAGAUGAGGGAUUAGGUGAGAUCUGAAAUUGUUUCUAGCUCUAUAGCUUCUCAACCCAACACCUUUAAAUACCAGAAUCUUCACUUAUCUCUAAGUAAACCUUUCCCCGGACUUUUACUCCCUUCUUUUGGAAAGGAUUAAGCUAAGAUCUAGAUUUCCACACCAAUGUCAUUAUGCACAGAGGUUUUGAAAAACAUCUGGGUGUUUUUCAGAUGUUUUGCCAUGUGGAGCAUAUAAUGAUGUGUGCAAGGUUGAAUCUUUUCAGUGUAACCCAUGUCUGCAUGGUCAUACCGAUAUCAGGGAGCUACUGCUCACUUGCAAACUACUUUCCAUGAGCAAAUUGGUCCUUCUUGGCGGUGUAUCGUGUUUUUUUAACUUACUGAGACAUCAUUGUAGUUCAUUGAGGUUGGCAGGGGUUUCCCAACUGAUUUUCCAAAGUGAGCAAUUUGUUUCUAAGGAAUAAUAUCUGAUGCUUUUUGAACAAGAACAGUGUCAAUUCAUUUGGCAAAUCAUGGAUUUUGAUAUUUCUGUUUAUAGAAUAUCUCAGGCUUUCCCUUUUUAAAAGUAUUGGACUCUACAAAUGGGUUCUAUAUUUGGGAUCUCAUCCUAGGAGAAAACCCAGAACUGUAUUCCUCUUAAGACCUCUAUCAAACCUCCUGCCCUCUGUGGUCUUAAGUAUGGUGCUAUAGGUUACAUGCCUCUUUAUCUUGUUUGUUUGGUUUAUAUUUUGUUGUUGAGCUUUUUAUUUUUGUUUACUUCAGAUACAUAAUUCUGAGCUAUGGCUGCUUUUGUAGCCUUUCCAAGAAGCACUAACCUGAAAUAAGAUUGGAUAAUUGUGAGGGUGCGUUACUAUGUUAAAAUAAACACACAACGUAUCUAGACAUCAAGAGAAAAAAAAGGAUGAUGCCACCUGGUUUAACUGUAUAUAAUAAACACUUAAGGUGGCAUUUCUUGCCUGGCUGAGAUCUGAUAUAAUGGAAUUGUGAAUACUCUUCAGAACAAUUUAUUCAGUUACAGGAAGCGUGGUGCCAUAUAAUUUUAAGAACUUGGCAGUGGAGCUCCAUUUGGGGCUUCACGUUUCUUCAUUGUCCCGAUUAUUGAAGCAUUACUUCAGCUAGAGGCUCCUGAGGGAAAUGUUCAGAGGAAUUGUUAUCAGGAUUUUAAUUUAAGGUUUCAAACAGAGGAAGACAGGAAAUUCAAAGUGUAACCAGAUAAAACUCCGUGCCUCCCUUUGUUCAGGCUUAUCAGAAGUAAUACAUCUGCUCUGAAUGGCAUGAAUGAAUCAAUGUGCAGUUUUAUCAAAUGGCAUCAUGGAUAAAGAUGAUAAUGCUGCCUUUUGUGUGUCUCAGGCUGUUUCCAUGGAAACCUCUAGAGGCAAAUAAAAGCUAACCAAUCAUCUAGCCAAAGCUUGCCUUGGCUCAUAGACUGGUAUUUCUUUAAGGAAAAUUGUUUUCAUAUAUUUGGCUAUGAGAGCAAAGGCUCUUGGACAUAUCCUAGAUUACGGAACACUUUUUCCCUUCCCACAAUGUUUCUCUUGAAAAAUUAAAUUUUUUUUCUGUCCACCCAGGCUGGAGUGCAGUGGCAAGAUCAUAGCUCACUGUAGCCUCCAACUCUUGGGGCCUAGCAGUCCUGCUUCAGCCCCAAGCAGCUAGUCCCACAGGUGUGCACCACCUUUCCUGGCUAAAUGUUUUUAUUUUUUGUAGAGAUGGCGCGGGGGGAAGGGGAGGUCUCACUUUGUUGCCCAGGCUGACCUUGAACUUCUGGCUUCAAAUGAUCCUCCUGCCUCACCUGCCAAAGUGUUGUAAUUACAAGCAUGAGCCACUGCUCCUGGCCAAAAAAAAUUUUUAAUCCCUUGUCUGGGGUCAGUACUCUAAACAUCCCUCAGAUUUCAGAUAGUGCUUUCAACCCUGUCCUAACAUGGCAGAUUUGCAGUAAUCUCUUAGAAUGUAGCUCGUCAAAUUAGAGGAUGGUUUUACCCCACAUGUUCUCAUAGGAGACAUUAUUAUUUGGAACCCUAAGGCAGAUAUGUUUAAUAAUCAAAGUCCUAA